GACGCAGCAGGGCCUGGGCCAGCCCAAUUUCGCUCCUUUGUAAAAGCUCGUCGGGAAAUGCGCCCUGCAGUGUCAAGGACUAUUCACUGUCGCUGUUUUCAGUAAAGGCAUAACGGGGAUGUUACUCAAAUCUGAAAACCUGACAGUAUAGCCUUCAUGUUUCCGAACACCCAAUAUGUUUCACUCGGACUAUGGGGACUCCUGCUCCCACGUCAUCGCCUCCUUCCCAGAGUUCCGUAACUCAGGUCCCGGUGUCAACUGUCUGAACUAAACCCCCCCCCCCCCCAGCACAGACCUUUUGCAGUCCUGCCCUCACCAGCCCUUACUGCAGAGAGAAUGGACAGCCCCCCCAAGCUUUCGGGGGAGACCCUGAUUGUGCAUCACAUCCCCCUGGUGCACUGCCAGGUCCCGGGCCGGCAGUGCUGCGGGUCCUCCAAGCACGCCACGCCCUUCUGCACCCCGGACAACCUGGGCCUGACGCGGACCACCUCGCUGCCCGAGCGGGACGUGGUGUCCCGGGAGGCGCUGGUGUACAGCAGCCUGAUCCAGACCUCCAGCAGCAGCUGCUCCAGCGGGAGCGGGGGCGGGGGCGAGGGCGGAGGGAUGGAGGGCGCGGGCCGCCGGGGCGGCAGCUUGGUCAGCGACUCCUCCUCCUUCACCUCCAACAACUCGGAGGACCCGCCCCUCCUGCCCCUGGGUCCCAAGGGCCGGGACAAGGGCAACCCGCUCCGGCACAACCCCUUCCUCCUCAACGCCGAGGAGGACGACGAGGAGUACGACGAGGACGAUGAAGGAGACAACCUGAACGGCUACCUGGAGGACUCCUCCUUCCACCUCCACGGCAAUUCCAACGGCGCCAUGGACAACGGGUCGGGGGUGUCACCCUUUCACCUGCACGAUGUGGGGUUCCCCCCCGAAGCCUUCCUGAUGAGCGGCCGCCGGUCCUGGAGUGCCUUUGGGGGCUGGCGGGGGGGGCCGGAGGCUGCCCUGGAGGGGGCCCGAAUCGGAGCCCUAAAAGCCGCCACCAGGCUGGAAGGCCUGAACCUGCUGGGGCUGGAACGCCAGUGUCGCCAUGGCAGCAGCGGCUCCACCCUGUCCAUGGACUGCGGGGAGCAGGAGUGGGGCGAGGAGGAGGAGGACGAGGAGGACGACGAAGAGGAGGAGGACGACGAGGUCCCCCCCAGGGGCAGCCAGCGCGGCCAGACGUGCAGCUGCGGCUCCAGCUGCGACUUUGCCCCGCCCUCCUCCUCCCGCCGCCGCUGCUGCUGCUGCAGCCUUCCCGAGCCUUUUCCGGAAGCUUUCCCCGAGGGCCCGACGGGCUACGGCAGCGACUCCUCCUGCAACAGCUCCGACGGCGUGCUGGUCAACUUCAGCGCCAUCUACAACAAGAUGAACAACGCCGUGCCCGCCAAGCCGCCCAACCUCAACAGCUCCGCCGAGCAGUCCUGCAAUUCCUCCUCCCCCGAGCCGGGGGGCGCCUUCUACCUGGACCUUCACGUCUCGCCGACCGAUCUCCGGGCCGUCGCCGGGGCCUCUCCCCGGGAGGGCGGCCCCUGCCCCUCCUCCUGCGCCUGCCAGACCCCCGAGGCCCUGGACGCCAACUGCAACUCGUACCACGUGCCCUGCGAGGCGGCGGAGCUGGCCGCCUGCAUGCAGAGCCAGGCCCGGCUGGCCGCCGCCACGCAGAACUACUACAAGCUGGUGACCUGCGACCUCUCGUCCCAGUCCUCGCCCAGCCCCCCCGGCUCCUCCAUCGGCAGCUGCUCCGAGGAGCAGGACCGGGGGGGCAGCCCCACCCAGGCCACCGAGUACUACCUCUUCAGGCAGCCCCAGGAGCAGGAGGGCGAGGAGGCCGUCCAAGAGGACCUGUCCCAGGACCAGGAGGAUGAUGAGGGGACACAGAGAGGAGGCUCGGACCCCUCCCAGAACAGGAUCGAGGGGCAGCUGUACGUCAACGUGUCGCCGCCGCCGCCGAGCGGCAGGGAUGGGCGGGAUGUGGGCGGGGCCACGGGCCGCCCCCGCUCCCGCAGCUACGACCGCACCCUGGACCGGCCCCCUUCCCCCUCCGCGGGCUCCCUGGAGCGGAUGCUGAGCUGCCCCGUCCACCUCAGCCUCGGCUCCGCCCGCUCCCCGCCCCCGACGCCGCCCCGCGUCACCUCCUUCGCCGAGAUCGCCCGGAGCAAGAGGCGGAGCGGGGGAGGCGGGGGGUGCGGCGGCGGCGGCUCCCCCUCCCUGAGGGCCAGCGCGGAGGCCACGCCCGCCUCCUCCCACUCACUGUCCUCCCACGAGCACAGCCCCGCCCCUGAGCUGCCCCACCUGAGGGAGAGCCACAGCCUGCCCCCCAUGCCCCUCUGCUGCGGCCAGGACGGGGGCGCGCGGGAGUCCGCGGGGCGGGAGCUGCGCACCAGAGCUGAAGGCGGCUCUUGUUCCUCGGGCGAUGUGGUGCGGUACAGUAAGGACCAGCGGCCCACCACCCUGCCCAUCCAGCCCUUCACCCUGCAGCACCAGGUGGGCAAGGCCCAGAGCAAACCGCUCCGCCCCCUGCUCAGCGAGUACGUCAGCCAGAUGUACAGCCGUCCCACGGGCCAGCCCGCCCCCGACUCGGCCCGCCCCUCCCCGCUGGGCAGCUACUCCCCCGUCUGCCUGCAGGGGGCGGCCAGCUCGGGCACCUGCUCCACCUGCACCCCGCCCAGCCCCGAACCGGGCCGCGGCAGGCCCCAGCCCCCCCGCAGCCUCUCCUGCCCCCUGCAGGCCAGCCUUCUCCCUGCGCGGGCCUCGCCCAGCCCCGCGCCUGGGCCCGCCCCCGCCCUAGAGCCCCGCCCCAAGCAGGUCCGCCCGCCUCACACCCCGCCCCCAGCCCCCCUGAAGAAGGAGCUGCCGCCCCCGGCCGUGCUCCCGCCCAUUUCCGCCCACUGCCUGCACCACAAGCCGCUGCCCAGCCUGCUGGCCCCGCCCACCGCCACCUUCAGCCCCCUGGUGCAGCUGGAGCCAGCCGCCGCGCUCAGCUGUACUGGACUCCGGGCCCUCAAUGCGCACCACCUCUCUCCUCAGGCCCUGAAAUGGCGGGAGUACCGUCGGCGGAACCCGCUGGGCGUGGAGAAGACCCCGCUGGGCGCUGAGAGGACCCCGCUGGGCGUGGAGAGGACCCCACUGGGCGUGGAGAGGACCCCGCUGGGCACUGAGAGGACCCCGCUGGGUGUUGAGAGGACCCCGCUCUCUGGCAGUCUGGACACCAGGAGAGGCGCCGAAAGCAGGCUCUCCCGCCGCAAUGUGUUCGACUUCCCAGCAGCCACCAGUCACGCUCACGCCCGGCCAAAUGUCUCGAGUGGGAAGGCCGGGCAGCAUUACUACAGCGACUUCUUCCCCGACCACUUCUCCCUGACCGAAAAGCCGCCGGAGGAGUUCUGCCUCUCCCCUGACGCCACCUCGGAGUCCAUCUCCAUCAACCUGGCGCAGAAGAGAGGUCUGGUGAAAGCCAUCAACACUUCGGUGGACCUGAUCGUGGCUCAUUUCGGCACCAGCCGGGACCCUGGCGUGAAGGCUAAACUAGGCAACAGCUCCAUCAGUCCCAACGUGGGGCACCUUAUCCUGAAGUACCUGUGCCCCGCCAUCCGGGAUGUCCUGCAGGAUGGCCUGCGGCCCUAUGUGCUGGACCUGAUAAUCGGGCAGCGCCAGAACCAGCCCUGGAGCGUGGUGGAGGCCUCUACGCAGCUGGGCCCGUCCACACGUGUGCUCCACAGCCUCUUCUGCAAGGUGAGCCAGUAUUCGGAGCUCACCAGCCACAGCAUGAGGCUGAACGCCUUCAUCUUCGGCCUGCUGAACUUACGGUCAUUAGAGUUCUGGUUCAAUCACCUGAACACUCAUGAAGACAUCAUAGCGGCUCACUACCAGCCCUGGGGCUUCCUGUCUCUGUCCCAGGGGGCCUGCCAGCCACUCCUGGAGGAGCUGCUCCUGCUCCUGCAGCCCCUGUCCCUGCUGCCCUUCGACCUGGACCUGCUGUUCGAGCCCCACCUCCUGCAGGAGGGCCAGGAGCACCUGCGCCGCAAGGAGCAGCUCUGCUCCGCCGGCCAGGGCCUGGAACAUUCCAUACGCUCCACUUUCCAGCUGAUGAGAGGCUGGGGCGCGGCGGGGGCGGAGCCCAGAAGAGACGGGGCGGAGUCUAGGGCAGAGGGGGCAGGGUCAGAGAGGGAGAAAACAGAACCGAGAAGAGAGGGGACGUGGCCUAGGGUGGGAGGGGCGGAGCCUAAGAUGGAGGGGGCGGACUCUAAGAGAGGCAGAGCGGAAGCGAGGCAAGAAGGGACGUGGUCUAGGAUGGGAGGGGCGGAGCCUAAGAUGGAGGGGGCAGGGUCUAAGAGAGAGAAAGCAGAAUUGAGGCAAAAGGGGCUGUGCUCUAGGAGGGAAGAGGCGGGGCCCAGGAGAGACGGGAUGGAUGAGCAGAUGGGAAAUUUGGGGCUGAGGAAAGCGAGGGCGGGGCUGAAGAGGGCUGAGCCACAGAGGGAGGGCAACAGUAGGUCGACAGAGAUGGAGCUCUGGAGAGACUGUGGGGGGAGCAGGAGCACACCAAGGGUGAAGGGGGUAGGGGAAGAGUCUGGGCAGGAGCAGGAGGAGACUGAGAGGAGGAGGGAGAGGGACGUUUUCGGGGACGGCCUCAGGCGGAGGGACAGGCAGGCCGGAUGGUGGUACCAGCUCAUGCAGAGCUCCCAGGUGUACAUAGACGCCUCCACCGAGGGGUCAAAGUUCGUCAAGUGGGAGAAGAGGAAGAGGCCGACGGGCGAGUCGCCCGGAGCCGGCCGCCGACCGACCCGGCCUCCGCCGAGGGAGGGCGUGGUGGAGGGGGCGGAGGCCGGCCAAGAGGGGGAGGGGCCGAAGACGGUGGGGGCGACAGGGCCCAGGAGCGGCGCCCGAGGGAAGCCCAAGCCCUCGUGGAUGGGCAGCCCGCCCGAGUCUGUGCUCAGCGAGCUGAAGAGGAGCAGAGAGAAGGAGGCGGAGACGACGGAGGGAGAGCCAGCGGAGGCGCGGGGGGAGCCCACGCAGAGCAUGCGCUGGGGAAGGCUGUUUGGAGCCGGAGUGGGCCCCUCCACCCGGUCCCAGGCCAGACUACCAUCAGGUUGGCUGAGUUUGGACAGAUCGGUGCUGGACUUCGUGGCUCAAACGGUGGGGGCGGGGAGACAUCCGUUCCUGACCCCGCCCUCUCAGAGCCAGGCUCCACCCCCAGCAUUGCAACCGCAAGCACACGCCACCCAGCAAAAAGUGCCAAGGGAGGUGCGGGCUCUAUGCCACCACAUUGCCACCCAUCCUGGGCAUUUAAGCUUCAGCAGGGGGGACGUCCUGCAGGUGCUGAGCCGCGCCCAGCCGGACUGGCUCCUUUGUGCCAGGGGGGGCGCUGAGGGCCUGGUGCCCGUCGUCUACGUCACCCUCAGUGAGGAGCCCCCGGCACCUCCGGGGCCACACUGA